AUCAAGAUCAAACUCGCAAGCAAUCCCAAGUCUCUGAAAGCUCGAGUUCCAACGCCGGAACCCUCGAUCGCCGGAGCAAUCGAUCGUCGGAGCUCGUGUUCUUCCUCCGAACAAUCUUUCAAGAUUUUCUUGAAGCACCACAAGUUAUUGUUUCCUUAUGUGCUACUGAUGUUCCUCAUGGCAAUCUUUUCUUACCUUCAGAGCCUCUGGCAGUUUCCCAAAUGGAAGUCCGAUGAUUUAAAAGUUUCUGCGAAAUUAGUCCAGCAACUACCUAUCCCUGAACAGACGAAACAUUUUGUCUUUGCUCUCCGUGAACCUGAUUCCGAUGCAGUAGUGUAUAUUGUAGCUGCACAAAACUUGUCAGAACAGGCUGCUUUAGAUGCAGAGCUUCUAAUCAAGAAAGUUCAACCAAAGGCAGUUGUAACUCAGAUUGCUCCAUCAGUGUCAGCUGAAAUCCAAGAUGAGGAGAAAUGUUCAAGUAGUGAUCAAUCAAGUCAUGUUCCAACGUCAUCAUUUGAAGUGCUCAGAAGAUGUUUUAUCAAUGAGAUCACCAAAGAGCAAUAUGACACAUUUGCAGGGUGCCAGGUGCUCCGUGAGAUCUUCGGAGUUGGAUUUUAUGGUCAUUUUUUGGCUGCCAAGGCAGCAGCAGCAGAUGUUAAUGCACAUUUUGUUGUACUUGAAUCCCCAUAUGAGAAUGCUUGUGCAACACCGUCUGCAGGGAAAAGUUCAAGUGGAGAACAGAGUUCAGGGUUUCAAUUACAAGGCAGUUGUUUGCUCGCUGGAAAUGCUAAUUCAGCCAGUUACUCAACUUUGAAGAGGCUUUGCCUGACCAACAAUCUUCAAGAGGAAAUGGUGAAAGCAUUAAUACCAUCACUUGAACUGUUCAUCUCUGCUUCAAAUUCUUCUGAAACUGGUUCACAAGCAUCAUUGCAUGGGUCUAAGCCAUCAAGUGACUUUCAGGUUCCACCAUUUGCAGAAUCUGUUUACCCUCUGCUGGAAGACCUGUACAGCAUCUUUACCAACCUUCCUUCAAUGGGAAAAACUUUGGCUUCUGCACAGCAAAUGCUUGUUGAUGUUGGUAAAGGAGGACCAGUUAAUGUACAACUUUUUUCUGAAGUCCUGAACUUCCGAAUUGCUAUUGAGGGUCUAAGAAUAGCUCUUAAUGAUGCUGGCCGGGGUCCCAUUGACAGAAAGGAAAAUGGUAGUUUGACAAGAUUGGAAUUCUCCGAGCUACCUUCUGAAGAAAAAUGUCAUGCUCUUUUUGCUCAGUCUAUUAGGAACGAGGCCAAGAAGUACGGUACAGUGGUUGCAAUAGUUGAUGCGGCUGCUUUAUCUGGUCUUAGAAAGUACUGGAACACAUCUGUGCCUCAGGAGUUUCUUGAAUUUGCCAGCCAGUGUUGCAUAAGCCCCUAUGACAAUGAAGUCAAGGCUCAUGAAGAUGCAACAGCAAACCAGGAAGGGAAAAGGAAACUUUUAGCUGACAAACCUGUUGUUGCAGUUGGUGCAGGAGCCACAGCUAUUCUUGGGGCAUCUUCUCUAUCAAAAGCUUUGCCAGCUUCCACGCUUGUCAAGGUUACUACAUUCAAAAUCCCUGCUUCUCUUAAAUUCGGCUUUGCUCAUCUCCAGAGAACAGCUGUGCUUGUAAUUCACAAGAUAUUUGGCUCAGUAAUGCCUGGUGUCUCAGGUUUUGGAGCAAACAGCUCCACCUUGAAGGCCGCAGUUUCAGCUGAAAAGAUUCGUUCAGUGGCCCAUACUGUGGUAGCCUCUGCCCAAAGAACGAGCUUCCUAGCGAUACGGACAUCAUUCUAUGAGAUAAUGAGACGGCGCCAUGUCAAGUCAGUCAGGGUUGUUCCAUGGGUCACCUUUGGUUGUAGUAUGGCAGCAUGUGCUGGGCUUCUGGUAUAUGGAGAUGGAAUUGAGUGUGCUGCUGGGUCUAUUUCAUCUGUUCCCACAAUCACUUCUCUGGGUCGAGGCCUGCUUGACUUGCGCCAAGCAUCUGAGCAGGCAAGGCAGUCAAACGGCACAAAAAUAAGAGAGGCUUUGCAAUCCUUAGCAUACAAUUUGCAGAAGAUGAAAGUCGACCGAUGAAGUGAUCCUUCUCUUCCUCAUGCAUUUCCCAGUUGAUGUCUAUCUCAUUGUGAGGUUGGAACAGAAUCCUGUAUAUACUGUGCUGCUGUAGUUCUGCUUGUCACUAGUGCAAAGAGCAAUAUUUUCUGUAGAUAUUGGAACUAUACCAUUUUUGGGUAUGAUCCCAUUGUGCUCACCAAUAUUUCUAUGUUAGAACUCUAGCUCAGAUCUCUAAGGAAAACACAACAAGAGGUUUUUUGCAAUAGUUCAUUGCUGAAGACCAAAAAACAAUAUGUCAUUCAUACACUGAAUCAUGUCUGAGUUCUUCUCCGACUGGUCAUUUCUGGAAUGGUAACUUGCUAACAACCUACUUUGUUUGAUA